AUGAACAAGACGCGGUGGCUGCCAGUGGACUACAGGAAGGAGAUUGGGAAGAUAGAGAAAAAUCGAGAUCAGGAAGCGAAUGACGAAUCUAAAGACAUGUCAACUGCAUCUACAAAUUUGCACCUGUACCUGAUGAUGGAGACACGUUUAAUCUCCGAAACCUAUUACGAGUUAAAUAAAACGAAAAAAAUUGAUUAUCCAGGAAAAAACACCGCUACUAGUAGUGUUAUGAAGCAGCGAAGUUCUCUUGCAGGAGCAGAAUUCUUGGCAUGUCGAGAAGUUGUAGUCUAUAUACACAAUACUAUACUGAUACGUUAUUGCAGUACUGAUUGUUAUUUGGAUUAUACUUCAGUGCCUAAAUCUAAAUUUGACUUGAAGGAGUGCAAUAUGGCCGACAGAGACCGCCUCUUGGAGCUGUUGCAGUCGGAGCCCUCGUGGCAUGGAGACCACCUCUUCGCAGAAAAUCUGCGCUGGAUGGCCUACAUGGGCGCGCACACGGGCCCCAACCCUCGCCAUCUCUCCUUCGUGCAGAUGGCAAUGCGAACCGUCCUGGGUGCACUCCAUGCAUUAGGGUACCGAAACGUCAUUGUAUGUUUCGCGACCGAUUUUGGUUCAAUCAUAAUGGCUUAUAGUUUGGCCGUCUUUGUGACGUCAUUUUCAAAAACGACGCUGGUGAUGUGCGCUCUCUUAGAAGAGCUCUCAGGGACGCUGGGCCGCAUAGGACACGACCAGGGACCAGAGGAGGAGGAUGUCACCUUCCACGAGCGCAUGAAGAGAGAGCUCGCAGACGCCAUUAGGAGACAUCAGAUGCUGCUGGAGCGAACGCCGUGGGUACGGCAGCAUAUGACAGCGGCUGGCCCAAUGGAAGCAUCUCCGUCCAGCGCUCUAUCUUGUUGACGCUGGGUCAAGGCCAAAGAGGCUUCAUGCUCACCGCCAGCUUCAUUCCGGUCAACUUGGUCACCCUGCAGCAGAUCCUCAACGCCGCAGGCUCCUACAUGAUGGUGCUGCUAGCGGUGAGCGAGAGCGACAGUUCCAACGCUGAUUCUGAUAUUUUAGCAGCUGUGGAGAACAUCUUGCCCUAGUAUUGAUAAUCGCGUAAUAAUUAUCACUCUAGAUAACAUAGGGUAUUUCCUAAAUGAAAUUGCAGAACAAUGAGAAUAUUGUAGAAAUAUGCAAGUGGAUGUUGCUUUUAGAUACAAACAUUCAUUAACAUUAUUUAAUAUGGUAGUGACAUUUCUCACGCUGGCUCUCAAACCUCAUAGGUAGGAAAACAUAAGACUGUUUAUAUAGAGUUACGGUGAGUCGUAGAUUAUUGCACUAGAAUCGUUUAAGUUAUAUAAGAUUCAAACGAACCUUAUAAACUAUUAUGAUAACUACCGUUAAGUCCAUUGAUUUUUUUAAAUACUUUCUUUUCAUCAGGGCUGUCUUUGACAUUGACAGUGAAUGCAUUUUCGUAGUACAAUUUCUUCACAUCAGCGGAACCAUUGCAUACUCACAAAAAUACCGAGUGAUUUUUUCUUCUUCGAGCGAUAUAAAAAUUCGCCUUAAAACUCUUCAGAAAACGCAUACUAUAUCACAUACUACUCAGUGUCUCACAUUGUAUUUAUUAGGUGAGGUAUCAAACACUGCACAUGUCCCUCCAUAUGAUCAGUUGGUGUGUAAUGUAAACGUGGCAUAAAAUAAUUCCACGAUUCUGUAUAACCUUUCACAAAGCACUGUGAGAGGAAAGAUGCCAGACAUUGUUUAUCACCCAGUAAAUUCACUUGUUUUAUCGUCUAAUAUGUCAUUUAUGUGUGAUGUUUUAAGCAGUUUAUAAAUGAGUGAAGGAGGGUCGGUCAGAAAGCAAUGUCCCACGUUUGUUUUCUCCAGAAAUAUUAUUCGAAGAACCUAACAAUUGUACAUAUUAUUAUUACAUUGUUCUUCUACUUGUUCUAUUUUCCCAAACAAUUUCCAUGGUCUUAUACAGUCUUGAGCGAACGUGAAACAAGGGCGAGCAUGCCUUGCCGAGACCAAAUCUUUUCCUGACGGCGUAGCCGUUCGCGAACCACACUGGUGUCAUCAAAUUUUCUUCCGCGAAUAUCGUUUUUCAUUGGCCUAAAGAGAUGAAAAUCAAAGGGGUCAAUAUACGAACUAUAUGGUGGAUGGGUAAGCAUAACCUAUUUUGUCAGUGCUUCUCAACGACGACCUCAAUUACAGCACGCUGUUUGUGCCGCACGUCGUCUACAGUCACCGGUUUAACAGUUCAUUAAGGAACUGCCAUCUGUAAGAGAGAGACUUGAAACUUCAUCCACUAACGCUGAGAAAACAAACCUUUGAAAGUUUACUUUCUGA